UCAGCCUCUAACGACUCUGCUGCGGGAACGAGUCAUCCACAGAGAGUGCAUCUACAUUUACUCAUUUAUUUACAGUCUUAGGUGUUAAACACAGCCUAAAGUAUCUUGUCACGUUUAGUUAAUAGUUAUUUAGAAGCUAGAGAAAGUACAAAUAGCUGAAAAUGUCUGAGGCUGCAGCGGAGAAACAAGGCCAAGGCACUGCGGUAAAUGGAAAGUCAGAGUCCAGAAAGGAGCGACCAUCUAAACGAGGUAGCAGAUUUGAACCUUACGGAAACCCCUCCAAAAGAUACUGGGUUUUUGUGAGCAAUAUUCCCUAUGAUGUCAAGUGGCAGGCGCUGAAGGACCUAAUGAAAGAAAAAGUGGGUGAGGUAACGUACGUGGAACACUUAAUGGACGCAGAAGGAAAAUCAAGGGGUUGUGCGAUCGUUGAAUUUAGAACUGAAGAGCAAAUGAAGAAAGCUGUGGAGAAAGUCAACAAGUACAACAUGAACGGUCGUCCUCUGAAAGUGAAAGAGGAUCCAGAUGGUGUAAUUGCCCAGCGUGAAGCCAACAAGUCUCAGGGCGGUGGAGGACCUGGUGGAAUGGGAGGUGGAGGACCUGGUGGAAUGGGAGGUGGAGGACCUGGUGGAAUGGGAGGUGGAGGACCUGGUGGAAUGGGGGGUCGGAUGGGAGGUGGAGGACCCGGUGGAAUGGGAGGUGGUAUGGGUGGUGGUAUGGGUGGUGGUAUGGGAGGUGGUAUGGGUGGUGGUAUGGGAGGUGGUGGACCCGGUGGAAUGGGUGGUGGUAUGGGUGGAGGACCUGGUGGGAUGGGCAUGGGACCCUCAGCUUCCCCUGUCAACAUUCCUCAGAGUCUUCUGAACAAUCCCAACAUUCCUAAUGAAGUCAUCCACGGUCUUCAGGCUGGCAAGACUGGAAACACAGUGUUCGUAGCAAAUCUUGAUUAUAAGGUUGGCUGGAAAAAACUGAAGGAGGUGUUCAACAUGGCCGGUGUGGUAGUCGGCAUCGAUAUUCUGGAAGACAAAGAUGGCAAGAGCAGAGGCAUGGGCACUGUGACCUUUGAAAUGCCUAUUGAAGCUGUUCAGGCAGUCUCCAUGUUCAACGGACAACUCCUGUACAACCGAACAAUGCAUGUUAAGCUGGAUGAGAAGUCUGUCCACACAGGUGACUUUGGACCCACUGAGAGAGGAUCUUCACUUCCUCGUGGUUUAAAGAGUAUUGGUAUGGGCCUAGGACCUGGUGGCCAGCCCAUUGGUUCUUCACAUCUAAACCAAGGUGGAGGGAUGGGCAACAUGGGUCCUGGAGGUAUGGAUGGAAUGGGUAGAAUAGGAGGAAUGGAUGAUUUUGGAGGUGGAAUGAACAUGGAUCGGUUUGGAAAAUCUGGAAUGGGAAGGAUGAGCGACAUGGAUGGUGGAAUGGGAGCAAACUUUGACAGAGAAUUUAGUGGUCGAAAUGAAAUGGGCAUGUCCCGGAACAGCUUUGGAGACUCUUUCGACAGAGGAAUGGGUAAUUCGAUGGGAAUGGAUCGCAGGAGCUCCAGUAUGGACAGACUUGGAGGAGGCCUGGACCGCAUGGGCGGCCUGGAUCGCAUGGACCGCGUGUCUGACCUGGAUAGGGUGGGCUCAAGCUUCGACCGCAUGGGCUCCGGCAUGGACCGGUUGGGGCCAAGUAUGGACAGGCUGGGAUCUGGCCUGGACCGUAUGGGCUCCGGCAUGGACCGCCUGGGUCCUGCUGGUUUUGAUCGGCUCGGUUUAUCCAACCUCGAUCGCUUGAGUUCAGGCUUGGAUUUUGCCUCGUCCAUGGGUGUGGACAGAAUGAAUAGCGGCCUCGACCGCAUGGGCACCAACUUCGAUCGCAUGGGCUCUGCUGGGAUGGACCGCUUCUCCUCGCAGGGGAUGGAUCGCAUGGGCUCCGUUCUGGACCGCAUGGGCCCUGGUGGCUUGGGAGGGCAGUUUGACCGAGGUGCCGAUAUGGACCGUGGUAACUUUGCUGGCUUUGGCUCAGUUGGACAGGGAGGUGUGGGAGCCAAUCCCAGAAAGGGCUGCCAGAUUUUUGUUAGAAAUCUCCCAUUUGACUUCACCUGGAAGAUGCUAAAGGAUGCCUUCAAUCUGUGUGGUAAUGUGCAGUAUGCUGAUAUUAAGAUGGAGAAUGGCAAAUCAAAGGGCUGUGGAGUGGUUCGCUUCGACAGUCCCGAGACAGCAGAGAGAGCGUGCCGCACCAUGAAUGGCUAUCGUCUAAACGGCAGAGAGAUUGACGUCAGGAUCGACAGAAAUGCAUAAUGCCCCAGCAAUCCCAUCCCUGAUCUACUUCCGUCGGCCUUUUACCGAUCGUUUCAUGUUUUUGUUCAUGACCUUUCUACCAGGGCAAAAAUAAUCUAUUUGUUUGUUUUUGCCUGUUUUUGUUUUUAGAGACCAAAUUUUAUUUUUCUUACCUUCCCCACUUUUUAUUAGUAUGUUCCUGAGAGAGUGUUUGGUAAACAUAUGCCAAUAAAUUUCAGAUGUUGAAAUCAUA